AAAACAUUGAAGGAUUUUAAACGAUAAGAGUCAUGUCCUAAUAUUCUAUGAAUUGACCAAGUAGCAGCCCCACUCGAGAUCAAAACCAAACUACUUCGCUCAAAAACCCUUCCUUCCUCUCAAACAAACAGAGACACACUAACUCCCUCUCACUGAACUGAAUGGCCUCUCACCACCACCACCGCCACCGCCACCACCAACCUCCUCCCCCUCCUCCUCCUCCUCCUCCAACCUAUUGCUGCUGCACCCCUUCCUACACAUGCUGCAGUCCCCAACCACAACCCCAUCUUUCCCCCCAACACGACCACCUCGUACAAACAAUUUCCUCACUCCUCCUUUCUCAACAACAACAACAACACCUUCUCAUUCCCACUCAACACCCCCACCAACACAAAUCACACCCCCUUUACGACAAACACCAUUCCACUGUCUCUUCUCUCCUUCACCGCAUUGAAUCUCUUGAAUCCUCUCUCAAUCAUCAUCACCAAACCCAUCAUCAAUCUCUCCGUCACAACGCAGCACGUAUCAUUCAAACCCAUUUUCGUUCUUUCCUUGUUCGUAGAUCAAGAACCCUAAGAAACCUUAAACAACUUGCUUCAAUCAAAUCCUCCUUCAUUUCUCUCAGAUCCUCCUUUUCAUCACAUACCCAUUUCGAUUUUCCAGCUAUUUCUCUCAAAGCUGUCAACUUGCUUCUUCAACUUGAUUCCAUUCAGGAUUGUGAUACAAUGAUUGUGGAUGGGAAAAGGUCGAUUAGUAAAGAUCUGGUUCAGUUUUUGGACUCAAUUGAAGAGGUUGCUGCGAAAAUGCAUAUGCAUUAUGUUAAAGAAGCAAAGAGUUUGAGGUCUGGUAAGAAAGUUCAUAGACCUAGAAAUUCAGAUGGUGAUGAUGAGAAGAAGAAGCUGUUGAAGAAUUUGAGAGGUAGGGUUGAGAAGAUUAGUAACUUGUGUAAGGUUUAUGCAAAUGAUGAGGAAGGUUUUGAUCAUGAGGAGGGUAUUCAUGAUGAUGAUUAUGAUGAUGAUGGUGUAACCGAUGUUUUGAUUGGUAGAAGGGAUGGAAAAAAUAGGAUUUUUGUUCAAAGGGAAAACGUUCAACAACCUAGAGUGAAGAAAAGUGUUAGAUUUGCAGAGAAUGGUAAUGUUCUUGAGGUUUAUAGCACGAGAACUAGCGAAUCGGAUGGAAGUUCAUCAAAUGACGAUCGAGGCGAGGUUUUGAGGAGUGGAAAUAGUGCGGUUGAAGAUGUUUUGGAUUCUUCUCAGGGUGCUGAAGAUGACGAGGAAGUGGUAAUGGAGGACAGUGAAGGAUCGAUGCAUAGUAGCGACGAUGGUGAUCUCAAAAAUGAUGAGAGAGAUAUAGUGAAAGAGAAGCUUGUGUUCUCUGCUCCAUUGCCACUCAAGAUGGAAAACAGAACUGAUUUGAAGAGUAAAGGUGUGAAAAUUUUGACUUGAAAUGCUGUAUAACAUUAGCAUGUAAGGCUUUGUUUACAUUUGAUUUGUAUUGUUGACUGUAUUCUAGGAGAUUUUGUUGGAGUUUUAGAUUGUGUGGUAAAGCACAUUUGUGUGUCUAAUUGGUUUUUGAUUCUGUAAAUGGAACUUGUAACGUUCCACUUCAAUUGUUGUUUACUACUUUCAAGACUAUAAGCCCUUCUCAACUAUCAUCAAAUUAGUUUCAUUUGUUUUGUGUAGCUA